GUAACACUAGGGGGCAACAGCGACAAGCUAAAUGCCUUAUAAGAAAGUCACACUGCUUCACAAUGCUGCUAUGUGUUUCAAUGUGUUUGAUGAUAGACAAAUUUUGGUUGGAAAGAUGGCCAAAUGCAUUGUCGGUGAAGAGAUGUCAAGCACUGAGAAUACUGGAAAAGGAAAAAGAAAAAAAAGAAGAAGUGUACUUUUAUCAGACAGUGAGGAAGAGGAAACACCCGAGCCCAUUGAUGAAAAAAAGAAAAAAAAGAAAAAACAGUCCACCAGCAUGGAUAUUUUGAGGGAGCUCAAGAACAAAGGAACAUUUCAAGGCAAGUUAAAAAAUCCCACCAGCCAUGAGCAAGGCCAACCAACAAAUUGGAGUCCUCCUGUCACCUGUGAGCACUGUGUUCGUCUCCAGGAGGAGAACAGAAAGCUGCUGAUUGAAAAUAUGGACUUGAGAGACAAGCUAAAAACAUUGAAAAUGUUACCAGGCAUUGUGCAAAAGCUGGAGAGUCUUCUUCAAUCAGAACUAUCUGUGCUAGCUGGUCCCACUACAGCCAAGACAACUACUGAGGCUCCAAGUUUUUCUACAUCAACAGACACUGGACCUGAUCCUGAACCAGUGAUAACAAAAGCACUGAUUGAUAGAUGUACUUCCCACAACCCACAAAAAUUUGUGAAUGAGUUGCUGCAUGGACUUUAUACAAGAGAAUACAUGGCAAGCCAUUCAGUGACUGGGAUCCAGUCAUCAAAAGGCACUCCAGUUAAGCCGCCCAUCCCUAAGAAGGACUUGGAGGAAAUAACAAGAGCUGCCAAGGCCAGAUUUCCUUUUCUUCAUGAAAGCAAUGUCAGGUCAAUGAUUCGGCAAAAAUUAAACAAUUCAGCCAAGAUUUUCAUCAAAAAUGAGCAAUGAAAAAAAGUAAUAAAUGUUCUUAAG